AUGGUAGACACAAAUGAGGUAGAAUCUCAUUUGAUUGAACGGUACGAAAUCAGACGCAGAUUAGGGAAGGGUGCGUAUGGUAUCGUCUGGAAGGCGAAUGAGCGCAAAACAGGCCGCGUAGUGGCGUUGAAGAAGAUUUUCGACGCUUUUAGAAAUCCAACUGAUGCUCAGAGAACAUUCCGGGAAAUCCUCUUUCUUCAAGAAUUCGCAGAUCAUCCAAACAUCAUCAAAUUAUUAAAUGUAGUGGCAGCCAAGAAUGACAAAGAUAUCUACCUAGUUUUUGAAUAUAUGGAAACGGACUUGCAUGCGGUCAUUCGAAAGGGAGGCAUUUUACAAGACGCACAUCAAAGAUAUAUUAUGGCCCAACUGAUGCGCGCAACUGCCUUCCUUCACUCUGGAAAUGUAAUCCACCGAGAUCAUAAGCCUUCAAACGUCCUCCUUGAUUCUGAUUGCGCAGUCAAGAUCUGCGAUUUUGGCCUCGCCCGAUCGCUAUCUUCCAUUCCAAAACGAGGGCAAGGCGACGACACCAGCGUCCCAGCGCUGACUGAAUACGUGGCUACUCGAUGGUACCGUGCUCCGGAAAUUUUGCUCUCGUCCCCUCACUACACAAAAGGCGUGGACAUGUGGAGUUUAGGAUGCAUAUUGGCCGAGAUGUUGCUCGGCAAGCCGCUAUUCCCCGGCGAUUCUACUUUCGAUCAAAUCGAGAAGAUCAUCAGAGUGAUCCCACAGCCUUCGCGACUGGACAUUGACGUUAUUGGCUCCCAGUAUGCUUUGUCAGUGGUCGAGCGCGCUCAACGAAAACAACGAGUGACGCUCGAGCAAAUUCUUCCGAAAGACUCGCCCAAAGAUGGAAUCGAUCUCAUCAAACAGUUGCUCGUUUUUAACCCAGAGAAGCGCCCAUCUGCCGAGUCCUGCCUCAGUCAUCCUUACGUUGCUCGAUUCAACACGAAAAAAGAACCUCUUGAUCUUGGCUAUCAGGUCAUUCCACCGAUCGAUGACGAUGUUCAGCUCUCCGUGGACGAAUAUCGCUCAAAAUUGUACAAAAUGAUUAGGGAGAAAAAAGCUGCAAGAGAUCUUGAGCGAGAGCGUCGCUAUGCCGAAGAGCAAGCAAAAAAAACCAAAAAGGAAGAUCUCAACAGGACGCUAACAAACAGCUACCCAGAGUCAGGAAGCGCAACUAAGCAAAUGACGAGCACGGGGACGGCUCCCGUCUACCCAGCUGCGUCUGUCGCUGCAUCGAAGCCAGUAUCAGUGCCAGCCCCUUAUCGUCGAUCGUCGAAAGUUGUGGCUAUGGAUAAGGGCGAACCAUCUCGUCAUUCUCGCAGUGCCCAAAAUCUCGCGCCUCACCAGUCGCCCGUGAUCCACAGCAGACACAGCUCUGCCCCGCUUCACAGACAAAACACGAGAGAAUUUACGAAGCAGCAGGACCGCCUUAGACAAAACAGUAACAUCAUUCGCAAAAACAGUCACUCAAAUAACAACAACGGGAACAUGAAGGAUGCCGACUUGAGCGUCACUGGCAAAGUGGUUGGCACCAAGUCACGGUCAAACUUCGUUCGAACUACCGGUGCGAAAAACACGCAGCCUCAUCGAUCUUCCUCCGGAACUUACAAGAAUAUGACGAGUAGCGGGAACGCCGCCCGAAAUACCGGCUCCAGUCACAGCCAACAGUAUGGCACCGUUACUGCAAAAUGGCUUAACGAGCACAACUGA